AUGAAGUUCUUGAAGGCUCCUAAACGCGCUGCCAAGUUCAGGUGCGCUGGAGAAGCUCAUGAGCGCUCCAUUCAUGAUUAUGGGUUUCAAUAUGCUCCGUUAAUGGUUCGAGAUGUACUGGAGAAACUCAUGAGCGCUCCGUUCAUGAUUAUAGGUACCAAUGUUGCCGGAACAGGUAAUGUAAUAGCUUAUCUUCCGACCUCUGUGCCAACCGCUCAGCCCUCACAUGUCACUGCACGAAGCGAUUAUGGCGUUGAAAGAUUGACACUGAGCAUGCGCUCGCAGACACACUGGGUGAACUUGGCUUUCAAAUGGAUCUAUUUUACCUUCCUCGCGCUACAGUUUGUACUAGCUCUUGGUAACAGACCAAAGAGUGAACAGACAGCAUAUGCAAUCACACUACAGGUCUACAUCUUCCUGGCCGUUUACCUUCUCAUAUGUUCGUUUUGGCUAACCAGCAAGGCAUUCGCUAACAUUCUCAACGAACUGAAGAACAAUAGCGAAGGAGAUGCCUUUGGAGGCAAAGAAGUUCUGCGGGAUAGUUCAAGUUGGUGUUGCUCAGCGGACCGGAACCUUGUUGUUCUGAACACGAAGCCCGCAGAUUCGGUGCGCCUUCUCUCGCACUUCCACAGCUCUCACAUUCACCACUCGCAUCUACCUCUUACACCUCCCAACGCAUCUACCAAAUCUUCCAUAGUUCAUCUAAUGUCACAAAUGAGCAUCCAAAGUGAUGGCCCACCUUCUGAAGUAGGUGCCUUGAAAAGGCGGCUGGCUCUUUUGGAGGCGCAAAAUGCGGAGCUCCGCAAACUUCCAAUGGAAGAGAAAAGUGUACGCCUUCAUCUUGAGGGUCGGGUAAUCCGCAGACUCAUCUGCCUUACUGAACGUGUCGAAGACCUCAUCGCAGAGUUUGAUAGAUGCGUGACACUAGGUAUUGAGUUAGAUGACGAUGCUACUGUGAAUGACCUUGAGGACGACAGGAGGUACAGAUCAUACAAGAAAUUAGCUACUUGGUGCCCGUCUGUCCGUAGGCUCGUACACUCAGUGGUCGAGGAUAGCGAGCUCUCUUGUAUAUACAGCAAGUUAAAUAAGGGUGCUGAUGGAGCAAGGGCCAAUGAUACAACACAACUCAAAGUCACCAUUGCUUCAUGGUUGAUGCAAGCUACCCCACCGCCGAACCCUGUUAUUCAUGGGCAGAGCAAAAUGGGUCGUGGGUUCAAUAAUGAUGCAACCAGACGGCUUAAAUGCCCUGUAGAUUAUGACUGGAGUGACCCGGUUAUCCAACAAGGCAUCAGGGAUUAUCACCCUGAUUAUCAUGGUCUAUUCAAAGGGAAAUUACUUUUAAAGACAUUCAAAUACAUCUUCACGUCUCCUACCUCCACAGAGCUGGACGACCAAGAGCAGACCAGCCCGGCAAUGCUUUCCAUGCAGGGUCCUCCGAAGCAGCGAAGGACUGAUGGCGAGCGCCGAACUCAUUGCAAUGUUGCUGGGCUGUUGAACAUGAAAUCUGUUCAACCACGGUCAAUUGCAUAUGCAGCUGUGCAGCUUAGGUUUGCUUUGUCUAGCACAGGGUCAUGGUGUAUUGUAGAUGAUGAGUUCAACCAUCAAGAAUUCUAUGACAAUAUCGUUGACUUCCUUGAACUUGCUGCGACAUCAGAUGCAGUUAAGGAAGUUGAAGAUCUAUUACUUUGGUGGAAUCGCAAGGUUUUUGGACGCAAACAUGUGUCCGUCUAUCGCCCCCAAAGAACUGAACAGCUGUCUGUUGCUCGGUGUUCAAGCAGAUGUUAG